AUGAAGCAUCUUUGCGAGGAGAUCAAGUUCAAAGGGCCAAUAUCUGUGGCGGAGUUCAUGAGAUCUGCCUUGACGCACCCGCUGGGGGGUUACUAUAUGAAGGGCGACGUUUUUGGCAUUGCGGGUGAUUUUACGACUUCUCCGGAGAUUAGUCAAGUUUUUGGGGAGUUAGUCGGCAUAUGGUUCAUCACAUUAUGGAAGCAACUGGGGUCGCCGAAGGACAUACAAAUUGUAGAGAUGGGUCCGGGCCGUGGAACUCUGAUGGCUGAUAUGCUUGGGGUGAAUGAAAAAUGUUCUCUUUGUCCAAGGAAGGCUUCGCAAGCUGAUCCCAUCCAUGGGGUCCACAUGGUUGACGCGAGUCCUGGGUUGCAGGAGGUACAAGCGCAAAAGCUUGCCCCAAAUGCUACCUUGGACAAAUCGACAGCGUCAAUCCGGCGUGAUGAUGAUAUAACGGUGCAUUGGCACGAAAGUUUGGAGACAGUUCCUGAAGGAAUGUGCACGAUGUUUGUUGCCCACGAAUUCUUCGAUGCCAUGCCUAUCUUCAAGUUCAAGUUGACGAAAGAUGGAUGGCGUGAGAUUGUCGUCGGUUUGGACAAGUCCCCGGACAGCCAAUAUCAUUUUUGCUUCACAUUAGCCGACGGGCCAACGAAACCGUCCGCGAUCAUUAUGCAAUACGAGAAGUUUCAGAAGAACUUCAAAGAAGAUGACCGGGUGGAAGUCUCCCCGGAUUCUUAUGCCGUGUCAAAUCGGAUAGCGCGAAGAAUACAGAAGAAUGGUGGUGGCGCGUUGUUUGUCGACUACGGCCGCAACUACACAGUGGGAGAUAGUUUACGGGGUAUUCGAAAUCAUAAGUUCACCGAUGUGCUGAGUAAGCCCGGGGAGGCAGAUCUGAGUGCGGAUGUGGACUUCUCUUUCCUGCGAGAGUCUACCCAUGGCAUUGCUGCCGCACAUGGACCAAUCACACAGUCAACGUUCCUGAGAGCGAUGGGUAUUGCACCGCGAAUGAACAUGUUGCUUCAGAACGCAGACGCGAAAACGAGAAAGGAACUGGCUACAGCCUUCGACCGACUGGUGAGUCCAUCACAGAUGGGCACGGUGUACAAAGUAAUGGCGAUAACGCAGGAGGGAGUGGAGGUUCCUUAUCCAUUUCAAGAUGAUCCAUUGAUGGAGAAGGCUUGA